AUGGUUAUGGUAAAGACUAUAGCGUCAAAAAGACUUAACAGGGAACUAGAACAGUUGCAAAGAAACCCGCCGACACUUUUCUCAGCAGUCCCUGUUCACCCACUUCUGCUUAAGUGGCAAGCUACAAUCAUGGGACCACCAGACAGCCCAUACCAGGGAGGCAUGUUUUCCUUAACAUUAACAUUUCCAUUAAACUAUCCGAUGGAACCACCUGAGGUGGUUUUCACAACACGUAUAUACCACCCCAACAUAAGCAGCGACGGUUCGAUGCGUCCGGACAUUCUACAAAAUAAAUGGUGGACACCUGUUCUUACCGUGUCAAAAGUAUUAUUAUUUAUCUACUGUAUGCUUCGCGAUCCAAAUCCGGACGAUCCACUGAAUUUCGAAAUCGCCCAAGUAUAUAAAACAAAUCGGGAAAUAUAUAAUCGAUUUGCACGGAUCUGGACACAAAGAUAUGCAAUGUAAUACGUUCAAGGCGAUUCUUUGCAUCUAGCCUACGAUAUGAGUGGCGGCGGUGGCGUCUGCGGGAUCAAAACCAUCAGCAGUAACGAAGUCUUCAGUCAAGGCAAGUAAGAAGCACAAGAACAAGUCAACAUCGACAUCGUCGUAACAAACAGCAACAUCACCAACCACAUCCCCAACAUCUUCAGCUUAACAGUAAACUCAAAGGACUAAGACUAUUCAUCAUCGAUUGGACCAGAUAUUAUCCUCACUUUAGUAUUUAGUUGCAACCUGUCCAUUGAUAUACGAGAACAGUAACAAAAACCACCCCUUGGCAAUACGACCGACAACAAAACUGAGCCAGAGUUUCUUUCGAUCACUUUUGCUUCAGACUAAUUUACAUUGCGUUGCCAUUGUAACUUCCACCCUGUAGGUGUAGCCAAGACUUUACCAACCAAGAAUAGUCUGCGAAGUUUAAUCGAAUGCUGCCAGACAUCCAGAAAUAGGAACCGUUAAUAAACUGAUAUCAAAAAGAAGAAUUGUAGACUUAAAAGAGGCUAUUGAUCUUUGUAUUCAUGAAGAAUUUUCUUGAACUCCUUGAAUUUAUUUGUCCAACAUAACUGAACUCUUCAAUUGUAUAAUCAAUUUGAUAAAAAAUAACCCAAUAAAUUCA